GCACAUUAAAAUUUCAUACACUGCCAUGUAGAACCACGGGCGCGAGCUUCAAACAUGUGCGCCGAAGGAGACGCUCGAACGUGUUUUGAUGGAGUAUUUCGACUAUUCAAUGUGCUUAUAGAGUUACGUACACAUUCUCUGGUUUCUCGGAUGAGAUCAUAAGUUUUUUUUCGUUGUGCGGAAAAUGUAUAUCGUUGCUUGAGUUUGUUAGCUCACAUACAAACAGUCAUCAUCAGUCAUCGAAAGUCGCUCCGGUUAAUUGAAAGCAUAGUAUUGAGUUUUGAUUUGAAUAUCUUGCAUUCGAUUCGGAUGUGUGAAGACAACUAAUUCAAAAUAGAAACAAAGUGUGCGGCAGAAGAGAAUACGAUGACAACAACAACCAGCAUGAUUUUGAUCUAGUAGUUAAUCUGGAAGUGAAAGAUUGUGCACACAGUAACCGCCCAAAGUUAAUUCUAUUAUUCGAAAAUGGCUGUGCUGUUAUCCUACCACCGAUUGAUUGAAAAAGACUCUCAACAUGUGAGCUAUUGUUGGAAAAUGUCCAUCCUGGCGGUGUUAGCCGUUGCUGUGGCUUCUAGCUUGGUAAUAAGCUUCAGCUUGUACUCCCUGUGGGAAAGCUUCAGGUUAAACUGCUUCAUGGGAGCAAGUUUAAGUUUUGUAAUAUCUAAAGGAUCCGGUUUACGAGAAGUGAUGCAAACGAACAGAUCAGAAAAGGAAAGGCAGAUUCUGUACAAACUGCUGCAAUCAACCGCGCUGGAUGAGAAAUACAUCAUAAGUGAAUACGACAGCAAAUGGAGUAAUCCCGACUUUUGUGAGUAUCUGACAUACACACCGUUGUUCCACGCUCUGCUUGGGGUGAUCUGGGCAGCUUUAUUUGUGACACAUGGCCAUGGCGGUGAGGGCGUUGGAAGUAUAAUAGCUAGACCCUGGAGAAUCGUCAUUCCAUCGUUAACAUUUUUCACCAUAUGUGGAAUUUCGGCGAUUGUGUGCGCCAGUCUAGUGAGCAGUGGAUUGGCAAAAUUUUGCCAACAGUUUAAUAAAAUUAAUUCAACCGCUGACAUUGAUUGCGCGAGGAUGAUUACCUAUUUCUCAAUGAUCGAAGCAAAUGAUUUGGUGUUGCCGGAUAAAAAUUAUUACCUAAUAACGGUGUUUCCAUGGAUUUGGGCUAGCAGCUAUAUUUGUGGAGCUAUUGUCCUACUACUUCGUAUUGUACUGGUGGUUGACUUCAAGCUGGUUCGAGUUGUUGUUUCGACCAUCGAACGAGACAUGGAACCAGAGGAGAGUGGCCAGCCGAACGUUGAAGUUCUGAACGAAGCUACACAGGUUAGCGUGGAAGACGUCACCGCACAAUAAAUUCAUAUUGAGUUAGAUACUAGUUAGGUAUGAUUAGAACGAAUCAAUUAUUUGUGAUAAAAUAAAAAUUAUAUGUGUUUAUACCCCACAACUAGCCUCAGUGUAGCGCUCAU